CCUUAAGCUUCACCAGCCCUCUGCCACCCGCGGCCGUAAUGCCAUUCCCAUCAUCAACCCUGCUACUGGCAUCACCAUGACCAGCCCACCCCCCUCGGUAUCGCCCGCUCGGAUGCAGCAGCAGCAGCAGUCCCUUAUGGGCGCUCGGCCACGGUGGUAGGCGACUGAUGUCUCGCUUCUGUGACGCAGACGAGACUAGGCCGACCUAGACCGUCGUCGCCGUUGCAAUAUGGACUGUACAAGUACUGCCCCUUUCGCAUGCUCACUGCAGAUGCUCAUUUUGGCGGGUACCACCGACGUUUUUCAACUUUUAAGCAGGCAGGCAUUACGAUGAUCUUCUCAUUUUCCCGGCAGGCAGGGGGCGACAACCCAAUCUUCAACUGGAUCUUCGACCUUUUCGGCAACCUUUUUUCCGAUACCCAACCUGUACAAACAUCCUUUAAUCGACAUAAGCUCCUUUCCCUUCUUGAAGCGAAAGUUCUUGACAUUUUCGGACGGCGCAAAAAACGAAGAUCUAUCGGUACCUCUUGUUUUUUUUCGAAUACCCAAAAAAGCGCGGUGGUGUCUACGGUUUCGAAAGAUGGGGCUGCUUUGAUUUUUUUUACGAAACGGGCGUUACCAAGGUGGUUUUGCAUCCUCCGAACUACUAAUCACUUCACACACAACUAUUUGCAUCGGUGUCUCACGACGGAGUUCUCGGCUUUUUCCUCGCCUCGGCGAUAUUUCUUAUUUUCUCGUUUUUUCGAUACCAUACACGGGGUUGUGGUGUUUCGUCAUCGUCACUAAGAAGCGGCGACUUCAGUCACAUGAUAAAAGUCAUAACGGUUCACGGGUCCACGAUUCCUCAAAGAAAAAGAGAUCGACAUAUAGAGCGACUUUCGAUGGGUUUUUAGCAGGUAGCGCUAUGUGGGCGGGAGGUUUUUGCAACCUUGGGUGUUCUCGAAUUUCUUGGGGCUACAUGGGCAAAUCUUUUU